ACGUUUGAAUUUCGGGGCGGGCUGAGGCGGUGCUGCCGUUACUGCGCGAGGCGGAGGGGCGUGAGGGGCGUGAGGGGCGCGCGGAGCCGAAAGGACCGAAGGAGCCGCGGUCAUGUCCCAGGAGUGCGGCGAUGAGUGGGAGCUGAGCAAGGAGAACGUGCAGCCCCUCAGGCAGGGGCGGGUGAUGUCCAGCUUGCAGGAGGCGCUGGCUCAGCAGGACUCCUCCAGCCACACCGCUGUGCAGCUCAAAAAACAAGAAUUUGAAUCAGAAAUCCGAUUUUACUCAGGAGAUGACCCUCUGGAUGUGUGGGACCGGUACAUCAAGUGGACAGAGCAGACCUUCCCCCAGGGUGGGAAAGAUGGAAAUCUUGCAGCAGUUUUGGAAAGGGCAGUGAAAGCCCUCAAUGAGCAGCAGCAAUACUACAAAGAUCCUCGCUAUCUUAAUCUCUGGCUCAAGUUUGGCAAUUGCUGUCACGAGCCCUUGGAUCUGUACAGUUACCUGCGCAGCCAGGAGAUUGGCACCACGCUGGCACUGCUCUACAUCACCUGGGCAGAGGCACUGGAGGCCAGAGGGAACUUCAGGAAAGCAGAUCUGAUAUUCCAGGAAGGGCUUCAGCGCAAGGCUGAGCCUUUGGACAAACUCCAGUCCCAUCACAGGCAGUUUCAGGCCCGCGUUUCUCGGCAGGCACUGCUGGCACUUGAGGAAAGUCCAGAUGGAAAAGAUACAGGUCUGCUGGAAAUUGCAGAGCCUCAGAGAAGCUCACUGGCAGAUCUCAAAGGCAGGGGGAAGAAAAAAGUGAGAGCACCCAUUAGUCGUGUGGGAGAUGCAGUUAAAGCCACGAACCCAAACAGAAGCCUCCAGCCUCAAACUUCUCUGCAGCUUUCAAAUACUCCGGGUUUUGCUGUGUUUGAUGAAAAUUCAGCCUCUGUAGACGAGAUUCCCACACUUACAGCACAGUCAUGGGCAGCACCUCCAGCUCCCAGGGCCAAGGAGAAUGAACUCAGUGCAGGACCUUGGAACUCUGGCAGGCGUCCUCGCAGCGCCUCCAAUCCUGGCGUGGCAGUGCCCGGCCCCCUGCCCAGCUUCACCCCCUACGUGGACGAGUCAGCUCAGCCUCAGAUGAUGACUCCGUGCAAAAUCGAGCCCAGCAUAAACCGCGUGCUGAGUGCUCGCAAACCUGAGAAGGAGGACCCGCUGCAGAGAGUGCAGCACCAUCAGCAGGACCCUCAGGAGCAGAGGGAGAUGGUGAUGUACUGCAAGGACAAGGUUUAUGCUGGAGUCGAUGAAUUCUCUUUGGAAGAGAUUCGAGCUGAAAUCUACAGGAAGAAAGCGAAAAAGAAAACUGAAGAGGAAAUGCAAGCCAUAGCACAGAAGAAGGAAGAAAUACAAAGGCAAAUUGAGGAGCUGGAGAAGAAAUUGAAAGAAGAUGACAAGCAGCAACAACCACGUGAACAGGCAGCAGAGAUAAGGGAAGCUUUGGCACCUUUGGGCCCGCAAGGAUUUACUUCUUCCAGUGCAACAGAAGUUGGGGAGAAGCAGCUUCAGCGGCAAAGUGAGUUCCAUGUCUGUGAAGAUACUCAACUACAUAAACCAUCUUGUCCUGAGGAGGUUAUCCCGACUCCUGAUGUAUCCCCAGACACCCACAGUGGAAAUGUGCUUUUAGACCCUGAGGAGGAACAGAGAGAUGAGGCCAGCCUUCCAAAAGAAGAUGUAGGUCUGCUUCCCCCACUGGCUCCUGCUCCGUUUUUCUCUAUAUUUGAUGAAUCCUCUACUUUAACAAAUCAGAAUAUAAGUUGUUCUGCAGAUCAUACCCAGACAAGUGCCCGUCGCCCUCUCGCUGUUCGUAAACCUUUGGCCUCUCUGGCAGCAAAGGAAAACGUCUCCCCAGAAGCCUGUGAUGAGCUGAAUGGAAUCGAACCUUUGACUGAGGAUGCAAUUGUGACAGGCUCCUACAAGAACAAACCCCUUUGUGCCAACCCAGAAGACACAUGUGACUUCAACAGGGCUGCCCACCUGGCCUCGACGCCCUUUCACGGGCUGGGGGCUCAGAGAGUCCCAGCUCCUGCUUUCUCCCAGAGUGGCCUGAAGGAGGAUAGUCCAGAAUCCAAGAGUGCACCUCUGGAGCAGGAGACGCUGGUGUGUGAGGGAGCGUACAGGGAAGCUCUGUGUGUAAAUAAACUGAGCCCAAUCAUGGAAACAAGCCUGGAAGACACUCGCUCGUCAGGUUCUUCAGUCUCAGGAGGUUCUCUGUCCUCUGUUACACAAACAUCCGCUAUUAAAUACCUGCGUAUCCCUGAGAAACUGGAGCUGGCUCAGAGCCUGCCUGCUGAAACAGGUCCUGAUGCUGGAGGUGUCUGUGGAAAUGCUCCUGCAGAGAGGUGCAGCACAGAAUGCUUGUCAGCAUCCAAAACAUGGGAUGAUGUGGCUCAGUUCCUGUGGAGUGCUGAGCAGCGUAAAAACCUCUUGGAUCCUGUGCCAGAAUCACUGGCUGCUUCUCCAGAUUUUUACUUGGAGCCUGGAGCUCUGCCUGGCAUGGAGGUUGAGAAGGACAUUGAGCUGGGGCAUGAGACUUACUGCAUCAAAUGGGAAUACUGGAGCACUGAGGAAUACAAAAUGUUUUUCGCCGUUCCAGCUAACCUUUUCCAGCUGGAUGCAAAGGGAUUUGCAAUAAAGGUGUAUUCUCAGCCUGUGCCUUGGGAUUUUUAUAUCACCCUUGAGUUACAGAGGCGGCUGAAGGCUGACUUUGACCAGAGCUUCAGUGAGAGCUGCAGCUGCCACCUGUACCGGGAUGGCUGUGCCGUGGUGCACGGGGACAUCAACCGCUUCACGCUCGGGGAUGUUAUCCGUGGCCGCAAGUCCAUCACGGAGGAAGUCAUCUUCCUGGUUGUUUAUAAUCUUCUGGGUGUGGUAGAGAAGCUGCACAAGGCUGAGAUUGUCCAUGGAGAUCUGAGGCCAGAGGUGUUCUUCCUGGGAGACAGGAUCUGUGAUGCCUUUGCUAACGAGGACAUGGCAAGUGCUCUGAAGGUGGUGGAUUUCUCUCACAGUCUGGAUUUGAGGUUGCAGUCUCGAGUGAGCUUGUGCAACAGCUUUCCCAUAUCUCAGACCCCUCAUGGGCAGCAGCUUCUGGCAGCAAGUUCUCUUCCUUAUCAGGUAGACUUGGUUGGCAUUGCAGAUAUAGUCCAUUUGAUGCUGUUUGGGGAUCAUAUCCAGGUCUAUCAGGAGAAUUCCAUCUGGAAAAUCAGCCAAAACUUACCAAAGACUGUUGACAGUGAUUUCUGGAGUAAACUUUUUGGGAGAAUUCUGAAUGCAGAUGGUAAGUCCACAGUGCCUCUGCUGCGGGAGCUGAGAGAGGAAAUCGGUGACAUGUUUGACAGCUGCUUCCAAGAACGACUUUGUGAGUCCUUAGCUGCCCUGGGAGUAACCUUCCUCCUCUAGAACUUCCUGUGACUUCACAGAGGACAAACACACCUUGUAUUAUAGAGAAGAAUUUGUUGUUGAUUUCUUAUUUAUUUUUUUCCAAUGUAAGCAUGACAGCGAUUGCAGCUGUGUCUGCGGUGCUUCACAUGGGACUUGCUAAAGGAUGUUUCUGUUGCAUCAGUGCCCAGAUCACUUAAGAGGCUUAGGAGUUUAACCUGUGUCUGAGCAGUUUGCCAGAGAAAAUUGUUUGUCAUGUCUGCCCCCUGCCCUUGUACAGCUCCUUCAAGAUGUGUUUCAUACCUGGUUCACACCGCGCUCUUUGGAAGGGCUUUGUCCUGCGUUCAGUUGGCCUUUCAGUUAGUGUUUGAUCGAUAAAGUUGUCUUUUGAGAGCAACUCAGUCACAUUAAACACUGCUGUCAGAUGGUUUUGAAAGACUGGGUUUAGUGCUGGAGUUGCUGGGGAUGUUUUGUGGCUGCUGGGUACAAGAGCCCCCCGUUUGGUGGCUCAUAACCACGUGGCAUUUCCUGGACACCGGAACAUAACCUGGAUGGUUCUGCUUGGAAUAUGCUCUCAUGGAUGGUUGUCAUAAGAAAAAGUAGAUGAAGACAUGAGUGGAAAAGCCACACACUUAAUUUUGGCUUCUUAAGGCAUUUUGUUUACUUUUGCAAGGGCUGCAGUUCCAGAUUGGAUUUGAGCAUCCUGCAGAAAUCUCCCUGAAGUCUCAAUUUGCCAUAAGUGAAGUGUUUGCAGGUUUUUGUGUGAGGUUUUGUGGAUAGAUAUUUGUGUUAACCUUUUAACCAUUGUAUUACUGAAACCAAUAAAAAGGCUUCAUUUUAUUCAAGACAACAGAAUUUACAUGAUCCAAACCCAAUGUACUAUGUACUUUAAACGUAGAGAAACUCCUCAGACUUGGCAUUUACCUGCUCACAAGCUUCUGCCAUGCAUGAAAGUGAGAGCACACAACUGCUUCACCAGGAAGUUUCAUCUCCCUGGAAAGCCAAACUGGCUGGGUUCUUUCAUUUGGUUCAAUUGUCCAGCCGUGGUUCUGUUGAUUCUCCUGUUUGUGUUGUCUCCAAAUUCUGUUCUGGAACUUUAAUUCUGUUUUUUUUCACAUGGCUACAAGCCACCUUGUUUCCAGUUUCUUCUGCGUAUUCCAGCUCUACUCCUCUUGCUUUGGCCUGUAUUCUUUUUCCUCUCCCAGCUUCCUAAUGCCUUUUUUAUGCGCUCUUGUAAGUCAGGAAUGGGACCUAAAUGCCCUGAUAGACCAGCUUUAAUAUCUAACGUAAAGUGCUGCAGAAGAAUUUAUUUUGGUCCAUUAAUGCCUUAAAUAAUGCUUCUUGUAGUACAAGUCAUUGAUAAGUCAUGUACUGAGCACGCAGAUAAAUAAUGAUUUGUCUCUAGCCAGAGUUAAGAGCCAAGAUCACUGGUAGAGCAACAAGGAGUCCAAUGCAUAGCUAAGUUCUAAAAACAUUGCAUGUUUGUUCUUUAGCUGAAAUUUACUUUCUUUUGCUGAUCCUCUAACUUUUGCCUUUCAGGCAAAAUCUGGGGGGGUCUCACUUCCUCCUGUUUCAGCUUAUAUCCUGCAGCACAGGUGUGAAAACCAGGUAGCUUAGGAAGAGAACAUUGCUAAGCAAGUAUCGCUCAUCCCAAGGACUUCUCAGGCAAGACAUGUUUCCAGCCAGUACAGGACAACUUCACCACGUCUAACUCAGACAGAAAGCUUUUGAGAACAGCCUGAACACACAGAUAAGAGCUCUCAGCAGAAGUUCAGCAAAGGUCUUUAAAAGCUGUAAGUGAACCUAUUUGUCUAUAAGGAGAUGUAUUUCAAAGCUGCAAUCCUCCACUAUUACUUUGAUGUUGACUUGGCACCUGUUUUCUUUCUGAACAAGAAGUGUGCUAAAUCCCUCUCUGUGUAAUAAGCCUGCCCCCCAUCAGUUAAUCUUCAUGUAUGUCCCAGACAACACAAAACUGCCCCCAAGUCCUGUAAAAUAAACACAGCAGUG